AUGUCAUUCGAUGCAGCCUUAUUAACGCUUCCCGACUCCAAUGCCCGCGCCCUCAGCUCUUCAUGCUUCGACUUCCUCCUCAUAGAACUAGUCCCGAUGGCUGAGCGACUCGCCAAAGACCUCGCAACCCGCGACAACGAGCCAGAAGAUGAAGAAGUCAGAGAGACAACAUACUUCCGUCUUGAAUCCCUCGGGUACCGCGUCGGACAAGGACUAGCAGAAAGAUUCUCCCGCGAUCGCCCCCGCUUCACUGAUAAUCUCGAUGUGAUCAAAUUUCUCUGCAAAGAUCUCUGGACAGUGCUAUUCCGAAAACAAAUCGAUAAUUUGAAAACCAACCACCGCGGGGUUUAUGUCCUGACAGAUAGCUCAUUCCGACCCUUUGCUCGAAUGAGUAUGGCAGCGCGGGGUGAUGCCAUAGCGAUGGCUCAAGCGUACUUGUGGUUUCCGUGUGGAGUUAUUCGGGGUGCGCUGGCCAACUUGGGUAUUAAUACUUCCGUACAGGCAGAGACAUCGGAUCUUCCUGGAGCUACUUUCCAGAUUAAAACCAUCCAGCCUCGGCCUUGA